AUGAGUGAUGAUUUGCACAACAUUUUUAUGUCCAACAUGGAUGAGGCACCUGCUAGGCGUCAUGCUCGCGAGGCUUUUAAGGAUGUUCAGCUUGCCAUUGAUCACUGCUUGUUUCAGUUACCAGCAGAUGGGGUGAAGAUGAAAGAGGUUUAUGAAGUGAACUCCAGAGGAUUAAAAGUAUUCUCCAAAAGUUGGCUACCUGAAAGAUCUCCUUUGAAAGCAAUUGUUUGUUACUGUCAUGGUUAUGCAGACACUUGCACAUUUUACUUUGAAGGAGUUGCAAGGAAGUUAGCAUCAUCAGGAUAUGGAAUAUUUUCAAUGGAUUACCCUGGAUUUGGCCUUUCAGAUGGUCUUCAUGGUUAUAUUCCUAGCUUUGAAAAUCUUGUAAAUGAUGUCAUCGAGCAUUUCUCAAAAAUUAAGGAACAAAAGGAGUAUCAACACUUACCAAGCUUCUUGUUAGGUGAGUCAAUGGGAGGAGCAAUUGCUUUGAAAAUUCACUUCAAACAACCUACUGCAUGGGAUGGUGCUGCUCUUAUUGCACCUUUGUGCAAGUUUGCAGAUGAUAUGAUUCCACAUUGGUUGGUGAAGCAGAUACUAAUUGGGGUCGCUAAGGUUCUCCCCAAAACUAAGUUAGUUCCACAAAAGGAAGAGGUGAAAGAUAAUAUAUAUAGAGAUUUGAAAAAGAGAAAACUGGCACCCUAUAAUGUGUUACUCUAUAAGGAUAAACCAAGAUUGGGAACUGCAUUGGAGUUGCUUAAAGCCACACAGGAGCUAGAACAGCGACUGGAGGAAGUUUCUCUGCCAUUAUUGAUCAUGCAUGGAGAGGCUGAUAUAAUAACAGAUCCAUCAGCUAGCAAGGCUUUGUAUGAGAAAGCUAAAGUCAAGGACAAGAAACUCUGCAUCUAUAAGGAUGCUUUCCACACAUUACUUGAGGGUGAACCUGAUGAGACUAUAUUUCACGUGCUUGGUGAUAUUAUAUCUUGGCUUGACGAGCAUAGCAGCAGAAAAAAUAAAUAUUAA